AUCUGGGGCCUGGAGCACCCUGGGCCGCGCUCUGCGUGGGCGGCGAUGAGGGUCUGGAGCUCGGAGCAUGUGUUCGGCCACCCGUGGGACACAGUCAUCAAGGCUGCCAUGAGGAAGUACCCGAAUCCCAUGAACCCCAGUGUCGUGGGCGUCGACGUGCUGGAGCGCAGUGUGGACAGCCGGGGCCGGCUUCACAGCCACCGCCUCCUUAGCACCGAGUGGGGGCUGCCCGGCCUCGUGAGAGUGAUUUUGGGAACCAGUAGGACUUUGACAUACAUCAGAGAACAUUCUAUUGUGGAUCCAGUGGGAAAGAAAAUGGAGCUCUGUUCCACCAAUAUCACACUCACAAACUGGGUGUCAGUGAGUGAGAGGCUGGUGUACACACCCCACCCAGAGGACCCAGGAAGGACCGUGCUCACCCAAGAAGCCGUCAUCACCGUGAAGGGGAUCAGCCUCGGCAGCUAUCUGGAAAGUUUGAUGGCCAACACGAUAUCGUCCAAUGCAAAGAAGGAGCACACGUCACACUGUGGGAACAGAGACCUGCCAAGACAGACCACGUGUUUCCAUUGUGCAGGGCUGGGAGAUGAACCACCAGUAACCAGACGGUGCCAACACGAAGUGGCGGGUGCAGGUGGUUUCCAACAGCUAGUUACCAAAAGACAUCAUCAUUUUACAACAGGAACUCCACACAGAAGGGAGAAAUAAAAAUACUCACUUUUGUGAGCAAGGCAGAAGAGGGACUGCCUGCCACGGGCUCUGCCUUCACCAGGACCUGACGAAUAUGCAUCACCUCCUCCACAGUAAGUGCUAGGCAUUCCACUGGGUAGCAGAAUUCCUCCUGAAAUUCAAAAUUCCACAUGAAUAAGAAGCUCCCACCACCCUUCUGGCAAGGCAAAGUUCCCCUUCAGAUCAGUCACCUGGUUAGUAGCUUCAGAGAAGAAAAGAGGUUUCCCAGUAAACACGAGCAGAGCCGGCUCACUCUGGGGACCACACAGUUUCUAAUUACACUGAAACAAGAGAUGGCAGAAAACUUCCGGGGACCAUGUGAAACACUGUAGCCACUGAAAUUUCCAAUUAAUAAAAUUUCCUCACAUUUGUUUAAAUGUUUUGCCUCAGGUAUCUCUAUUCCAUGAAGUGGAGCUACAUAUCUAUGAAUUGAAAUCUUGGGAAAAAAAUGUUAUUGUUCUAAACCAAAUUUCUGUCAGUUUUCUCCUAUGAUUACAC